GAAAACACACGCCGUUGGUUUCAAUAAUUUAAUUAAUAAAAAAGUGAGAGUAGAGUGCAAAUGAUAAAUAGCUGAAGACACUUGAAUUAGAGAAUAUUAGUAGUAAAGAGCAGAGAUAUUCGGGUGGGGAGAAUUUUAAUGAAUUGCAUUAGUAAGGGGAUGCCGGAGCUGUUUUGUGAUUAAUCAUUGUUUUUGGCGUUGUACAAUUUACGCUCGAAGGAGGAAAUGGUUAGGGGGGCAGAGCUAGGAAGUUAAUGCGAAGCCAAAUAAAUAUUUUGCCGAUGGGGGUUUUCUAUUCGGUCCGCCUCUCGUUUUUCUUUCUCCUCCGUUGACUCUUAUCUUUUUUAUGCUUUUGGCGACGACGUGAUCCGCUCUCAUCCUCCCAUUCCCAUCACGUUGUCCGUUCCUCCUCCCUUUGCUCUUUGUAGGCGGACGACUCCUACCCGACGUUAAAAGUUGAUACCCCAUUUACCCCUAACUUCGUUCCCAGAUCUACCGCACCACCGCUCCUCGGAUUCUCCGCAGCUCCCACGCUUUAUAUCGGCCGCGUAAUCCUCAUAUCCCAAUGUUGAUAGUAGUCGCCACUUUCCGCAGCCAUGUACAGCGGCGCAGCCCUCCAUUGUCGCUGCAGCCUCAAGCACAGGCCUAAUCUGAAAGCCGCAUUCGUUAACGGUUCUGCCGCCGGCUGCGGCGGCGACGCUGACGUCGACGCGAUGAAGAAAACGAGCGUUGCUUUCGCGAAGUGGGGGGCAGCGGACGUGGCCGGCCUGGCGAAGCACCACCCGAUCCCUUGCGUGUUCGCCGCGUCGCUGCUGUUCUUCAUGGGCGUGGAGUACACGCUCCUCAUGGUGCCGCCGUCGUCCCCGCCGUUCGAUCUGGGGUUCGUAGUCACGCGCGGCCUGCAUCGGGUGCUCGCUUCCAGCCCCGCGCUCAACGCCCUCUUGGCCGGCCUCAAUACGGUGUUUGUGGGGAUGCAGACGACGUAUAUUCUGUGGGCGUGGCUGGUGGAAGGGCGGCCCCGUGCGACAAUCGCCGCCCUCUUCAUGUUCACUUGCCGGGGAAUUCUCGGGUACUGUACACAACUUCCCCUGCCUCAGGGAUUUUUGGGAUCGGGGGUGGAUUUCCCGGUGGGGAACGUUUCAUUCUUUCUGUUCUUCUCCGGCCACGUCGCCGGCUCCUUGAUUGCGUCGCUGGACAUGCGACGACUGCAGCGGUGGCAGUUGGCGUGGACCUUCGACAUCCUCAACCUUUUGCAAGGCGUGAGGCUGCUAGGCACCAGGGGUCACUACACCAUAGAUUUGGCCGUGGGCGUCGGCGCCGGAGUGCUCUUCGAUUUUCUCGCUGGAAAGUACGAGGAGAGCAAGAGAAAAACCUCUAGCGCCUGUGGUUAUGAUGCCAUUACUGCUCCAAGCACGGCUUUCUCUUUGCAUAGAUAGGCGGGUACAGGAGUAGGUAAGCAGAGGCAGAGCAUUGGGUUUGUGUGUAUGGAAAAGUCGUUCAUUUUUGUUGACAUCAUCGACACGUUAAGAAUUCUAUUUCCAUACGAAGGAGAAAAUAGCUUAGGGAGAAGAUAGGAAUGGUGGGUUUUGGUGCACCCAACUUGCGUGAUUGUAAAAAAUAUAUAACCAUUUAUAAUUUAAUGUAAUUUCCAUAAGAAGGGUUUUGGUGCAUAAAUGUAAUUUAAUGCGCUGAUAAUUGACGCGGAUGUCGAGUGGGUUGAUUGA